GCCGGUUCAGUCUUUCGGUAGCGGACGACGCGAACGGACGCUUUUCUCGCAAAACGGUCGCAAAGGAUACGGGCCGACAAGUCCUAACCGUCGGACGGUUGUUGACGUUGGCUAAGCACGUGCGUAUCCUUCCGAGAGAAGGGCCAACAAGGAUGUGCGCCGGUGUUGUGGUGUUUUUAUAGUGGUCGCAUUAUUUGUUCGCCCAAUCCGGUAGCUUUAAAAGAGGACCGAAAUUGUGCGGUUGUUUUUGUCUAAACAUUUAAAUCCAACGAGUCUUGCUUCCCUAUUUUUUUGGGGGUGGGGCGGUAAAGGCGAUUUUUAUGUUCGAAAACCCAGCUUAGUGCCCGCUUAGUGCUGUGCGGGGUAGGAAACAGCUCAACGAGAUACAAAAAAAGAAGAAGAACGUAGUUGACCCUUCGUUUUCCGGUCCUUCGCGAGGGCUGCCACGGGAAGUCAUUACGCUCGACAGUGUGAAGUGUGAAAUUUAAUUACUUUGCCUUUUGCCGCGAAGUGGAGCGACGGAGAACAUCGCUCGGCUUGACAUCGAAACAAAAGUAAUGAUCUAAUGCCGCUGUGAAUUCACGCCCCGUACUGUGAAACCGAUUCAAUGCAUCGAACAACAACGAGCGUCUGUAGACAUCCAUUGAUCCUGCAUUGUUAAAAAUUUAUCGAAAAGCAAAGAGAAAAUAGGAAAACAACCCAGUGAAAAGGAGGUUCAAGAAAACCUUCGUCACUUGCGAACGCACCUUGCCGCCAUGGAUACAGACGAACGGAAAAAUCCACCGUGCGCGUGUGUUUGUGUGUGCUACAAAAAUAAAUGUAUCCCCCGUACGGUCCCAGUGGUUCGGCGACGGUUUGUUUAAUGUCUAUUGAAUUCAGACGAACAGAAAGCAGGGCUUCGGUGCGUUUGUUUUAACUUUCUGCACAACGACCACCACCACCACCAACAACGGUUUCAGCAGCCGGUUCGGUUCGGUUUCGAAAGGUCAAUCGUACGUACACCUGAGGAUCGGCGUGUGCGUUUCGCCGCCAUCAAACGCACUAGGAAAUUUAAUCUUACCAGGGUUGCCACGGUGAACCGAGAAAAAGUUGGAGUUGGAAAAGCAGGACUUCCAACACACAGUAACCGGCUAACCCAGGAAAAAACCUAAACCCUCAUUGAUGGUGCUUUUAAGUAAACAGCUAGUAUAGCUUGAGGUGUACGGUGUUUGCGUGUGUGUGUGUCUUAUAAGUGUGAGGAAAAGGUAGCUCGAGAAAUAAAAAUCCGCUGAGGAGAAUUUCUACUGACCACGGCUUACGGCGAGUACAAUACAGAAUGGCCAUCCUGCAUUCCUGUUGCUUGUGGCGAAGUGUUCGCCGGGGAAGCUUUGCGAGCGUCAUCUACACACUGAUCUAUUUCAGCAUAUCCUGCAUAACGAUGUCGCUGUUUCUGCACGAGGAGCGCCGGUAUCUGCGGGGCGAGGUGGACAAACCGAUCGGCGAAAGCUUCCUAGAGCGAGACACCAUCUCCGGCGUGACGGUGAAAUUUAAUGUGCUGCUGCUCAUCUUCGCCACCCUGGGCGUCUUUUCGUCCGUGCUCGUGCUAAUCGGAUUAAAAGUGAACAAUCGUGGCCUUCUGUUGCCAUGGAUUGGGGUCAUGAUAGCGGAUCUGCUGGUAGAGUGUGCACAUUUUGUCUAUCUGAUCGCCAUAGAAACGCUUAAAUUUGAACCAUUAACGGCGAUGCUGUUUACCAUCGAUUUUUUCAUCAUGUGUCUUAAUAUUUACUGUUUGCUGUGCGUGAUAUCGCAGUACCAGGAAUAUAAAGCAGGGCGCGGACAGGCCGAUGACGAUUCGUACACUUGCCCCACCAACAUCCAGUACAGUCCGCCGGCGCCCACCUGUCUGCCGCAGGCCAAAACGACAACGCUCAGCCCGGUGAUCUGUCCCCAUUCCAACUGUACCCUCAUCCCGGAGGAAACGCAGAUCAACGGAACGUUCGUGGGAAGUGUAGCAUCGUCCCCGCUAAGGCCAUCGCCCACGGUACGUCCACCGAGGGGUUCGCUGCUGAAGAAGCACGUCAAGUUUUCGGCCAGCGAUAAGCCGAAGGGCUGCUGUACCGGGAUCAUUCAUCCGGCGAACAUCAUCAAAGACGGUACCAAACCGAACGGCCACAUGAUGGUAUCGAUUGAGGCGCUGCCCGAGUACAGCGAGGAUAAGCUUUCCUGGCACGAGCAGAAACUGACGAACGUGAACCAACUGUAUCCAAGCGUGAAAAGCUCCACCAUCCAAGACCAACAUCAGCAUCAGCCAGAACACUAACCAUCCGGCGUCGGGUAAAAAUCCAACAAAAAACACUUUUUGGAACACAGCAACCGAAAGACUUGUCGUGUCGUAAUAAUCAAAAUGCCGGUUGCCUUUUAAAAAGGCAGCUCGUACGCCACCCGGGCCGCCGGUAGAAUCAGCCGAAAACCGGAAAACAAUCCUCAGAAAUUGCAAAAACUGGUCAAGGGGCCUAACCUCGACCAGGUUCAUGUGCACGUUCGAUCGCUAUAAAACUUCGUGACUGGAAAAAAGGCGGUGGGAGUGGGACAGUGGCGGUGAGGAACUGUUACGAGCUACUUCCGCCUUUGAAACGCCUAACAUCUUCAAAUCGUUAUAGUUUCGAUUUUGUGUGUGUGUGUGUUUUUGCCAUGUUUUUGUGUCCAGUCGCUUUUCGGUGUAAAUGGAGGUAGCAGCAGCUCAUUUCCCUCAAAAUGUCAAUGACCGGUCCAGUGUUGGCGGCGCCGGUCAGCCAAACGGCCGUGGAUCAUUAGGACAGGAUGUCAGGAACCUUUGCAAACCGUGGAAAACAAAAAUCAAUGUCCACACAACAUUCCAGCAUGUCCUCCACCAGGGAGAAGGAGAGCAAAUAAAAGAACCGGCACACACACACACAAACGCAAGGGAUGAGAAACAAAGGACGAAAUGGUCUUAACAAUUUUGCCCAUUAACUUGAAACGGCCAAACGGCAAAAAGAUCGACGACUGCCGGCCACGGUUUGCGGUUUGUCAAGAAUUUAAUCACCAUCUUCACAACGACAACAGUCAAAAAAAAAGGCUGCCUUUGCCAUUUAGAGAAUGAAAUGGAUGAGCCCCUUUUUAGUGCGUUUUAUUAUGCGAAAUGUUGUUGAUGCUGGCCAACGCCGCCAAGAGCCGCAGUAAAUCGCAGUCGGGAGAGAACCCCCCAUCCAAGCUUGUCCAAAGCCGAUCUUGUUCUUCUUCCAUCAAUAUUAUUAUCCGCACAAACGCUAUCCAAUAGGCGGGUGUUCACUGUCAUCUCUAAUUCAGCUAACAACCAUCAUUUGCGUACAACUUUAUCAGGUAGCAAGGAUCGGGAACGAAGAAGAGAUUCGCCACACCACUUAAUCAGUGGUGUAUCCUCCCAGCACAACCACACACACCGUUCGUUAGUGAAAUCAGCACUACGGGAUGAAUCAGCGAAAAAUGGCGGCCUUUUUGUAAAACGCUCUUGUGUGUGUGUGUGUUCUUGUUCUCUGCUUUUGCCAUCCACUCGUUGGCUUGCAUAAACUGAACCCCCACCAAAGGCGCUUCAUUAUCGCAGACGGCGCGGCAGGUUUGUCACCCCUGCCCUGGCCAACACACCACGUAACAAAGGCGUUGUAAUGAAAUCUGCAAACUUCAGCCUUUCCACCCACUGUGCUAUUUUGCCAACCGCGUUUGUUAAGCGGACCCCGUUUGUUUCUUACCGGGCGGUGAGCGCCUGAAUGUAUGCAAAAGAGAGCGCAAAUUAUUUCUCAAGUGGUUGCCCUUCACGACACUCACACACAGAAAUGAUCAGAGGUUUGAGAAGAGGUAGGAGGGGAUACGGAGCCGGCAUGGACAUGGCCGAGAAAUGCCGCUAGUCAGGAUAAAUGACACUUCCUUGGAAGUGCGCUGCAGCUCCGGCCAAAGGGAGAAGCAGCAAUUAAUUAGUGCACGAAAGCUCGUUGAUGUUUUGUUUUGUUUUUGUUCCCCCGCUCGAGACUGUUCUUCUCGCAGGUGGUGGGCUUUCCUCCGGUCGUUCUGCAACGCAAUUCUAUUUUGCAUUGCCUCUUUUGGUUGUAAGGAUCGAAUUGCCCGGAUGUGCUAGAUGCUGCUUUGCGCCAGCACCUUGGAGACCACUCGAUCGAGGUUAAUUGUAAUCGCGCAAUCAGCAGCGUGAAGGUAAAAAUUGCAAUUAUUUUAUAAUGAAUCAAUGCAGCCUUUGGUCCGGGUCGUGUAUGCUCACCUCCCCAUUGGUGCAACAAUCUUAGCAUAAUUGAAACGGCGUACUUAGCUUCGGAAAUAGGCAACCACCCCGAAGAGCAACUGCUUAUUUGUGAUUGGAGCUUACAUACAAUUAGGAUAAUUGCUACAGUUGACAUACCGGUGAGCGUCGAAAUAAUCGGAUGAUUUUGUGAUGCACUUUAAUUACACACACAUAGUUGAGUUAAUUUUUUAACACAUUUUUCCCCCACACGUGUCUGAAGGGAUCGACAAAACAGAGGGAACCAAACAAAGCUGUAGCAGUAAAGGGAGAAACAGUAUGAUAAAGCACAUCGGAUUCGACGGGCGGUACGAUUAGACGACACUAGACUUGUAGGGUGCUUUUAUGAUGGCAGCAAUGGGAGCUAGAACUCACCUGCCAAACCAAAAAUCAUUGACGAAUUGAGAUUACA